CUUGAGGCCACGCACAUCAGCACCGUGAAGAUGCAAGGAUAAGGAUCAAGCAAAAUGCAAUCGCCAGCGAACGGGCGACCAGCCGGUAAGGAGCUCAGCGGACUCUCGGCAAUCGAGAUUCAUGAUGCCAUUCAGCGUGGCGAAGUCACGGUGCAGCAAUAUGUGGAGGAUCUGAUUCGGCAGCAUGAGAAGAGAGACGGCGAAAUUCACGCCUGGGUUCACUACGACAAGGAAUACAUCCGGUCACAGGCCAAGGCUCUAGAUGCGGUACCGACCGAAGUGAGGGGCCCGCUACACGGUGUAGCAUUUGGUAUCAAGGACAUCUUCCUCACGCGCGACAUGCCGACGAGGUACUUUUCCCCUUUCCACGAAUUUGACGGCAACGGUGCGUCAGACUCGGCCGCCGUUGGGGUCCUGCGCGCGUCGGGGGCGCUGCUCCUUGGAAAGACGGCAACAACCGAGCUUGCGUCUACAAUGGUGGGCGGACCCUGCGUGAACCCGAGGAGCAAGGGCGGCAAGUCCUAUACUCCCGGGGGUUCGUCCUCUGGCUCGGCGGCUGCGGUGGCGGACGGCCAGGUACCGAUCGCGUUGGGGACACAGACCGGCGGGAGUAUUGUGCGGCCCGGAUCCUUUUGCGGUGUUUGGGCAUUCAAGCCAACAUGGGGUCUUGUCUCGACGGAAGGCGUGAGCCGCUGCUCGGUGACGUGCGACACCGUGGGCUUCUUCGCAAACCACGUCGAUGAUCUUGAACUUGUCGCGCGUGUCUUCCGACUAGAAUUGGACACACCAGAGCGCGCAAACAGUAUUAAGACACCGUUUGAGGUACGCGGGGCCCGGGUUGCCAUGAUCAAGACGCACGUGUGGGAGCUGGCCAAGCCGGCGACACGAGCGGCGUGGCAGCGUGCACGGGAGUUGCUCGUGGCGGCGGGCGCGCAGGUCGAGGAUGUGGAUUUGCCGGGAGGCUUUGCGCGGGCGCAUGAAUGGCGAGAGGUUAUAGCUGGGAGCGAGGCGCGGUCUGCGUUUCUGUCACGAUACCUGGAGGACAAGGACAAGCUGCAUGAGACCCUGCGCCCGUUUGUGGAGAGGCGGCACGUCCCAGGGCGGGACGACAUAAUCGACGCGCAUGACGGCAUCGCGGCCCUACGCCGUGAGUGGGACGGCAUCGCGGCCAGGUACGAUGCGAUCGUCACACCGAGCGUGCCGGGGGAGGCACCCGAGGGUCUAGGCGACACGGGCAGCGCGGUGCGUACACACUCGCCCACUUUGCAUCUCUUUCUUUGACGGCUCGGUUCUGAGGGCGCUCCGGUGUGAUGGCGAGGUACAACACAUACUAACUGCUGCUCUGGCUGGGCAACGCACUUUUGUAGGUCUUCAACGUCAUGUGGACAGUGCUGCAUGCACCGACGCUCAAUGUGCCCGGCUUCGUGGGCGAAAGUGGCAUGCCAGUGGGGUUGACAGUGGUUGGGGGGCGGUACAGAGAUAUGGAGGUUCUGAGGGCAGGAAGGGCCAUUGGUGAGGUCUUCAACGAGAGCCGUGUAUGACCGUGGUACGUUUUGGGGAGUCCAUUGGUGAGGUCUUGACGUUCUUGAAAGGGACGCCUUCAGAUUCGCCUAAAUACUCGAUGUAAGUGGCCCGUGGUAGAGGUCGCGGACUUGUCAAUCUUGAGAACCAUUGACCCAAGUCGAAUAAAAAGCGUCCAUCGCGAGUCCCUCUGAGGACAAGAGACUUGCGUCGCGAUUGAAGAACUUCUAAAACCAUUUCGCUCGCCCUCUCUUUCCUCUUUCUCCGAAUAAUCCCUAAUCGAUAAUCGACAUGUGACUCGUCCUGGUUCAAUGGCGCGCGAGAGCCUUUGGCCGUACGCUUUUG